GUGGGGUGCGGUGGGGUGGGGGGGUCUGUUUGUAGUACUCUCAGUCCUGAUGUCACAGGCGCGGCAAGGACAUCGCAAGGAGGAGUCGGAUUACAGUAAGGAUGGGCAGUGCAGCAGGCAGCCGGAGCGCACGCUCCAGCCGCCGGGGAUCGUAGCCCGGGAGAGGCAGCCUGCAAGGCGCUCAUCCCGCGGAAGAGGCACGCUGGGCGCUCGCCGCUCUCCACGCCGGGGACGUUUCCACCGAAUGUAGCAUGAAACGGCUCUGCUGUGCGUGUCAGCCUUGGGGACGAGCUGAUGCUGAAGACGCCGCGGUGGGGUUCCAGCUGUCUGAUUAAUGAGAAACAUAAUGUAUUUUGGUGAGUGUUACCUCUGAUGAUGUAAUUCUGGGGGUGGCCGGCUCUUCACCAGGGCAGACCAGCCUUUAAAAAAAAAAAAAAACAUCUUUAAGCCGCGAGAAUAUAUUACGUUAAAUCUACCUCCAGUUGGCAAGUGGAGGACCAAGCUGGUGCAGCCUUCAAAGCUUCCUUUGUGUUACAAUUGGGGCUGUUUAUUAGUCGUGUGUGAGUUUAAGUUGGAAAAGAAAAGAAACAGGGUGGGGGUGGAUAAACUUUGGCUUGAUUUGUCUGCAUGAAGUUGGCUUUUUAGCUAGGUGAAGGAGAAAUGGUGCGGCGUGGGAAGUCAUGAGCUAACUCAAUGGAAUGUAAAACUAAGUUCCUGUACUAUGGAUGCUGUGAAAUCUUAGUCAAUACCAGCGUUUCAUUAAGCAUUUUGGUUUUUCCCGAAUUCUGAGCCAAAAAGGAAAAACAUUCUUUGGUGUGCAGGGGUUGAGCAGCUGAGGACGCUCCUCUAUACCAUCCCAUUUUCCUUUUGGCUAGAACAGCAAUAGCACAAAAUGCAUAGUAUUUCAAACCUUUAGAGGUCUCGAAGCUGUUAAAUAUUUCUGCAGUUUCUGUGCCACGGUGGAACCCUCCCUUAAGAUUUUCAGCCCAGCUGCCCUGCAUUUCCAGAAAACAUGUUGAGGCUUAGAUCUGGGCUACCAGGGGAGCACUGUAAGCAGGCUUGGAGCUGUGUGUUAGCACUGUAAGGCUGCAACUUACUGCUGGGAGAGAAGGCACAACCCCUUCACUGAAUAAGAAGCGGCCAAGGAUUGGGACUGAAUAUCCUUUCCUCCUCCCCGAAGUUAUGCUUUCCUUCUGUGGUACAUGCCAGAGCCCUGCUCUCCCAGCCCUGGUCCGUCCACCAGCCCCUCCUCUGCAACCUUCGCUGGAUAUCAAACCCUUUCUUCCCUUUCCUCUGGACACUGCUGCGGUCAACCUCUUCCCCAAUUUUAAUGCGAUGGACCCGAUUCAGAAAGCUGUAAUAAAUCAUACAUUCGGGGUUCCUCUUCCUCAUCGAAGAAAGCAAAUCAUAUCAUGCAACAUUUGCCAGUUGAGAUUUAAUUCUGAUAGCCAGGCUGCGGCCCACUACAAAGGCACGAAACAUGCCAAGAAGCUCAAAGCACUGGAAGCCAUGAAAAAUAAGCAGAAAUCUGUAACUGCCAAGGACAGCGCAAAGACUACCUUCACCUCCAUCACUACCAAUACCAUCAAUACCAGCUCUGACAAAACAGACAGUACCGCAGGGACACCAGCAAUAUCAACGACAACUGUGGAAAUUCGCAAAAGCAGUGUUAUGACAACUGAGAUCACCUCCAAAGUGGAAAAAAGCCCCACAACAGCCACUGGCAAUAGCUCAUGUCCUUCCACGGAGACCGAGGAAGAAAAGGCAAAGCGGCUUCUUUACUGUUCGCUAUGCAAGGUUGCUGUCAACUCUGCCUCACAGCUGGAGGCACACAACAGUGGUACUAAGCACAAAACCAUGCUAGAAGCCCGGAAUGGAAGUGGGACUAUCAAAGCCUUUCCUAGGGCAGGCGUGAAAGGCAAAGGACCAGUUAAUAAGGGAAACACAGGUCUGCAAAACAAAACGUUUCACUGUGAAAUCUGUGAUGUGCACGUCAACUCGGAAACACAACUUAAACAGCACAUUAGCAGUAGAAGGCACAAAGACAGAGCUGCUGGGAAGCCCCCGAAACCUAAAUACAGUCCUUACAACAAACUACAGAAGGCAGCACAUCCACUGGGGGUAAAAUUAGUAUUUUCAAAAGAACCUUCAAAGCCAUUGGCUCCGCGAAUUCUACCAAACCCACUGGCAGCUGCAGCGGCCGCUGCUGCCGUGGCAGUGAACGCCCCCUUCAGUCUCCGAACUGCCCCAGCGGCAACACUGUUCCAGACCUCGGCGCUCCCUCCAGCACUCCUGCGGCCAGCUCCUGGACCUAUUCGGACCGCCCACACUCCUGUGCUGUUUGCUCCUUACUGAAUUCCAAAUGGGAGUACUUGUACUGCAAUAAUUUUUCAAAAGACAAAACAAACAAAACAAAAGAGAACUAUGCAGUGUUUAUUUAUAGUUUAAAGUAUAUCCGAAGAGCCAGGACUUUUGAUAGUGAAUUGAAAAGAUUAUUUAAAAAAAUUUAAAAAAAAAAAAGGAGGGAGGUUUGGGGGGGAGGGGAGGGGUGGUAUUUUCUCCAAAUUAAAGCAUUCCUCUUGAACAUUGAUUGUUUUAGAAGUGAUCUCCAGCAUUGACUUGUAGUGGUAUCUAGAACUUCUGAAGCCUUUGUGACUGUGCUUUUGGGCACCUAUUUCCCUCUGCAUUGUCUUUCCUGCUUUAUGAAACAACUAUACAUUGUAAGGGCAUUAACUGGUUCCAGUGUAUAUAUAUAAUAAUUUACUCUGUAGAUUAAGAUAAUAUGAAAAGAAGAAAAACAAAACAAAACAAAAAAACAUAAAAAAAAAAAACACACACACACACACAAAAGCAACACUGUGAAUAGUAGUACCCGUGCUGGUCCUCUUGCUAUGACAGCAAUUACUGGGUAUUUAUCCCAACAAAAGUAGAUACAGUAGAUGUCUCGUAAAACAAUAGUGCUGUGUCUCAAUCUAUGCCACUAGGUUUUAAAGAGUCGCAAAAGGUAGAAUGAACAACUAUUUCAUGCCAGUAAACAGUCAAACGAUAAACAAACACCAGAGGGUUUGUGGAGGUGUUCCCGGUCCACAUUCUCCCCCUUCUGUCCAGCUUGUAAGACUUUAAGUUGAGGACAAGAGAGCAGGGCUAAGCAUCGAGAUAGGGGAGACAUUAAUAAAGGUAGUUUCUUACAAAGUACUCAUUUUCCCACCCUGAGGCAGUAUUGCUGGAAAUCGGGAAGGCUUUGUAAGGAAACUAUAUCUGAAAACAGGUAAACCCGUGCAUCAUGGGUGUUUCGAAAGAAAUCAGUACAAGUGUUUUGUUUCAUGGAUAAGGAACGGUCACGACCUAAGAUGAUAAUGCAAAGUAAAGGUUUUUCAUGUUAGUGUAUAUCCAAAACAAGAAACAAAAACAAAAAAACACAGAGAAUAUUGCAUCUCUGCAAUAUAUCCCCUUUAUAUCAUACCAGUAAGGCUGUGUCUUAGGCAAAGGUUUCUGCUUUGAAUAUGAUGAUAGAUGUUAGCUAUUGUUGUGGGCUUUUUCUUGUUUUUUAGAUUUCCUACUGACAUGAUAUAAACAAUUAAUAUAUAUUUAAGUGUUAGUAAAACAAGAAAAAUGACUCUGAGUUGAUUGCAGACCAAGGAUAUAGUAUUGGAAAAAAAUCUGGUAGGACGCACUUGACCAUCAUUUCUCUAGUGGAGUUGUGAAAUCUGGCAGCCUUCUGUGUUCACCGUAAGGCUGAAAGGAGUUGAUGUUUUACCUUUAAAACAAGAUUUAUCAGGGGUAUAUAUAAAUAUAUGUAUAUUGUAUAUAUGUUAGAAAGAUUAAGAGAAUAACUUAUAAAAAGAAAAUCUAUAUAAAAUAAUUAUAUAACCAUCCCAUGUUACAUGUUAUCAUUAAGUUGGUAACGAAUGGCAUAAAAAUAGCUGUGCCUUUAAUUUGUGAUAAAGGCUAUUUGCUUUUUCCCGUAGAAAGCUAACAUAUACCUAUCACUAUGAUGGGGUUUGAUGCAGCCAGUCUGUUGCAUUAAUAACAAGGAUACUCAAACUUAGAACAAUGAUAAAACAUGUACAAAUCAACCCUACAUGAUUUAGGUUUAGAGAAAAAAAAUAUUUUUGAAAAGGUUUUGUAAAGACUAUUUAAAAUAUAGGGAAGGGCUGGAUAUGGCCUUCCUAAAACUGCUCUUAUCUAAACUGUAGUAACUUUUUGAGAGGUAUAAAGAUUCAAGAUGAAACCAUUUGAGAGAUAGGUAUUUAGCAUUUGUCAUUUUAUAUUUAAGAAACACCCAUAGCGUGCUUGGUGCUCAACAUUGAACGUGGUCUUUGGAGUUCUUCUCCACCAUCUAUCUAGCUAUAGACAUUUGUCAUAUAAACGUAUCUUUAAAGCAGUUGGCUUUAUAUAUCUUUUGUUAAACAAAAAAAAAAAAAUAAGGGUAGAAGGAAGAAAGGAAGGUAGGAAGGAAGGAAGGGAAAAAAGGGAGGAGGGCAGACAGACAAGACAAAAAAGUAUUUCAUUAGUCCUUGGUAAAAAGAAUUUCAAACCAUACACGUCUGGUUAAACAUGUUGGUUAGUAUUAAAAUUUGUUUUUUGAGAGUAUCUGGUGAUUUUACAUUUACCAAUACCUCUGCAAUCUGGUGUUAGCAAGUGUUUCCUUUUUUCACUCACAGACCCUACUAGUUCAGUCAGAUGGAAAGUUGCUCAUGAGUUUGUUGUUUGGGGCUCUGUCUAUAUCUCGUGUGACCAGCUUCUGACCGAUUUGAACUUAAGUUGCCUUUUUCUGCUUUGUCAAAUAUUUUUAUCUUUUGCUAUAAGUUAGCCUGAAUCCUUAUCCAACAACCUUUACCCCUGAGAAAACCUCUUUCUAUUGGAGAACCUGAUGUUAACUGAUGCAAUCUCACUACUCUGCUUUUGCUAUUCUUUCCCCAUUUUCACCAAAGUGAACAAGCCAGUCCACUAGAAGUCAGGGCCUGUGGGAUGCAAAGAGUCCUGGAUCACAAGAUGUUACUAACUUUAAUGAUUUGCUGGGAGCAAACAAAUCAGCCAUAUUUUCUCCAUCAGCCAUAUGAGAAAACUCAGAAAUACCUAACUCCCUUCUGCCUCACUUCGCUAUGGAACCAUUUUUGUUUAAAUGGUCUCUUAAAUUGGAGUUGUAAUCAUCAGUUGUCUUUUACUCACUACCUAAUAAAGGAUGAAGCCUAACUAUAGAACUUACAGUGGAUUUUCUGUGAAUUGUUUCCCCCCACUCCACAUAUUUAUCAACACCAGAUCAACAUCUAUUACAGUUCAGACUGCUAUAAAGCUAUAUCCUUUCCCGUAGGGAACCUUUUUCAUGAAUAAAGAUCAAUAAUUCAGAUUGGUCAGCAUUGGUUCUCUGAAAAUCCCCAGGGGUGGUCUGACUUUAUGGUUAUAUAUCCCUUCCCAUGCAUCACACCCGUGGCGAGGAAGUGAUAGAGGAAGCAUCUCCGAUUUCAUUUGAAACAGAUAUAAAUGCAUUGCAAGAACCAAAUGCCUCUGGACAAAGCAUUGCCACACCUCAUCCAGAUCAUCCAGACAAAUGGGAAACAGUCGUUGGGGAGGUACUGUAUUUCUCUUUUGAGAAAACAGGUGAUUACACAUAACAAAUUGUUCCUGUCACCGGUCUUAAUCUUUGAAGGGUUCUAUUCACGUGAGCAAACAUGGUUGGCUUUUGGCAUCACUGCCUCAUCUGUAAAGACUGCAGUCUUUAGGUACCAUUAGGCCUCCCUUCAUCCACUGCGAUAAUUCACUGCUGUUAUCAUCAGAGAUCUAAUUUGGGU